AUGGGUGAAGACAGGAUGAUAGAGAAACUGACCUUGAAAAUGAGGAAGCUGGUGGAGAAAGUGGAGGACGGAGACAGCCACCUGCAAAAAAGCUGUGGCCAAGAGAAACCUGCUUCCAAAAGUGCCGUCCGGAGGGGAAAAAAGGCAGCUGCUAUCAACCAAGAACUCGGCCCUGUAGCAGAAAAGUGGCGAACAGUGCCUAAUCUGGCAGAAAGCGGCGGCUCGGCUCCACCCUCCAGAUCACAAAGGUUCACUUUCCCACAACUGGCCAGAGGAGAAAGCUUUGCCCAAGUGAUCUGCUUGCAUCAGCUUCUGGAAAGGAUGGCUGACUUUCUCAUCCUGUGGUUGGCUUUGGUCUUCUGCCUUCUGAGCCCGACAGCAACUCAACAGCAAGAUUUUAGAAACCAAUCCUUCAGCCUGGAAUGUGGAGCCCCCGGCACGCCUGAGGCUCACAUCUGCUUUGAUCCCUGCCAGAAUUAUACCCUCCUGAAUGAACCCUCCCGAAGCACAGAGUAUCAAGGUGGUGUUGCCAAGUGUGACAACAACCUGCAUGGCUGGUACCGCUUUGUGGGUGAUGGUGGGGUGAGGAUGUCUGAAACCUGCGUCCCAGUGUAUAGAUGCCAGACGGCUGCACCCAUGUGGCUGAGUGGGUCACACCCCACGGUUGAGGAGGGCAUUGUCAUUCGCUCAGCUUGUGCCCACUGGAGUGGUAACUGCUGCCUGUGGAAGAACGAGAUCAAGGUGAAGGCCUGCUCAGGUGGCUACCAUGUGUACCAGCUACAGGGCACCCCCAACUGUGACCUGAGAUACUGCACAGACCACUCCACAGUACAGGACAAGUGUGACAUGAUUUGCCGCCCAGAGGAGGAGUGUCGCCUCCAGAAUAACACCUGGGGCUGUUUCUGCAGGCAGGACUUGAACAUGUCUGAUGUUCAUACUUUGCAACACCAGCUCAGCUGCAAAGACAAGGAGAUGAAGGUGUCUCUGGACAGCUGUCAGCUAGGAGGCCUGGGGUUUGGGAAUGAGAUCAGUGUCUACCUGCAGGACCAUAACUGCAGCUAUGUCCUACAGCAAGAGGAGGGGAACUGGAUGUCAGUGACCAUCCCAACCCAGGCAACUGCCUGUGGGAACCUUCUACAGAGGAAUGGAACUCAUGUCAUCUAUAAAAACACUCUCUCCUUGGUCAAUGAUUUCAUCAUUAGAGACAAAAUCCUCAGGGUCAACUUCCAGUGUGCUUACCCACUGGACAUGAAGAUCAGCCUCCAGAUGGCCCUGCAGCCCAUUGUCAGUACUCUGAACAUCAAUGCAAGUGGGGAGGGAGAGUUCAUGGUCAGAAUGGCCCUCUUCCAGGACCCCAGCUACAGGCUUCCAUACGAAGGGGAGAAAGUUGUCCUGCCAGUGGAAUCUAUGCUCUAUGUGGGCGCCAUCUUGGAGAGAGGAGAUACCUCCCACUUCAAUCUGUUGCUGAGGAACUGCUAUGCCACACCCUCAGAAGACAAGAAUGACCCCGUGAAAUAUUUCAUCAUCAGAAAUAGCUGCCCAAAUAAGUAUGAUUCUACAAUCUUCAUGAUGGAGAAUGGAGUGUCCUCAGAAAGUCGAUUCUCUGUUCAGAUGUUCAUGUUUGCUGGGAAUUACGACCUGGUGUUCCUGCAUUGUGAGGUUCAUCUCUGUGACCCUCUGAAUGAACAAUGCAAUCCUUCCUGCUCUAGGAACCGACGCCGCAGUGAGGUAGAGGCCAUCAACCCAGCCCGGGUGCUCAAUUUGGGACCCAUUGCUCGGAAAGGUGGUUCACUCGCUGAUGUCACAAAUGGAUCUCCCCAGACUUCAGGGUUCCUGGCGGCCUGGUCCAUCCUCCUCCUUCCAGUGUUCCUGGUUGUGCUGUGCUAG